GUGGAGCCGCGCGAGGAGUUGAGAGAACAAGAAGUUGAAAUGGCGGAGACAGAGUCUCGCAAACUGCUCCUGGUCCCGGAGAAUUUGCUGAAAAAGCGCCGCCGAUAUCAGGCGAUUAAAGCGACUGAAGCUCGGAGAGCGUUAGAGGAGAAGAGGAAGGUUCAGAGAGGAAAGCAGAUUCGCUUUAAACGUGUUGAGAAUUUUGUCCGCGAUUCCAGGCGAAAAUACAGAGAUGAGAUUCGUCUUAUCCGUCUGUCAAAGAAACCGGGAGACACUGCCAUUCCUUCUGGACAGAAAUUGGUGUUUGCAGUUCGGAUACGAGAGAUUCACGGUAUCAGCCCCCGGGUACGAAAUGUCAUUCAGAUGCUGAGACUUCGGCAACUGUUCAGUGGGACCUUUGUACGUUUGAACCCAACAUCAGUAAAGAUGCUUCAAAUGGUGGAGCCUUAUGUGGCUUGGGGGUCUCCAAACCUGAAGUCAGUCCGUGAACUGAUUCUGAAGCGAGGCCAGGCAAAGGUCAACAAGAAGCGUGUACCUUUAACUAAUAAUGCUGUAAUUGAGCAGCAUCUGGGGGUUCAUGGAAUGAUCUGUCUGGAGGACCUGAUACAUGAACUGUACUCUGUGGGGAGGCACUUUAAAGAAGCCUGUAAUUUCCUCUGGCCAUUUAAACUCUCUGUGGCCCGGCACGCUGCAAGGAACAGAGUGGGAUUCCUCAAAGAGUUUGGAGGAACAGGAGAUCGGGGGGAAGAAAUCAACAAGCUAAUUCGGCAGCUCAAUUAGAACCCAGGAUUCUGUGAACAAUUGUUGAGAGUCGGAUUGGUCUCUAUACUAUGUAUAGAAGCAUUCUACAGAAUGGUCACCCAAGAGCUUGGAUCACUGGUUGCAUCCUACCAACUCGUACUUAUUGCAUUAACAGGGCUGAGGGGGGAGGUGAGCAGUUACAGGAGAAUUAUUGGGGCGGUUGUGGGACCUUUUGCCAGAAAUGUUUAAUCAAACAUUAUUAACUGACAUUUUAAUAUUCUGGAAUUAAAUCUUGUAGAAUAAAAUUGUCGCUCAUUUUGUUC